CGAAUUAAGGGGAAUUUGGACGCUCAAACAGAACGCCUGGUCUCCAUGAACCCACCGUUUGUUGCGCGAUGGGUGAGGAUUUACCCCUUUACCCAAGAAAGGCAGCCGGUCUGUUUGAAAGUGGAAAUCCUAGGCUGCGGUGCCAACGGGGUUGUUGAAUACCAGGCUCCACGUGGAAAUGUUGUAAGCAAAGCGCCAAAGGAUCGUCUGGUGGAUUUCACAUAUGACAAUCCUGAAAGUCGACAUUCCCAUCAACUGCGAGAACUGCACCACGAGGUUUUUAAUGCUGGAGGAUUGGGUAAACUUGUGGAUGGUAAACCAGAUCUCGAAACCGAUACUGACCCAUUGGAAUCAAACGAUUUUGUGGGAUGGAAGCGAUCUGAGGAUGCUUCCGACACCAACACCUACGAACGCAUUGUCUUUCGAUUUGACGGCAUCUACAAUUUCACCAGUGUUAGCAUGCUAUUCGCCAAUCACGUUGGCAGUGAAAUUGCCCGACCUCGACUCGUUGAGGUGCGUCUGAGUCGAAAAUUUCCACGCGCUAGUCUCACCGAUCCCGCCACCACUUUUACGGCCACUCAUCCGCUCCCAGUGCCUACAACCACCCUGCCAAAAACAGAGUGGGUUCAUGUAAGUUUGUGGGGCAGCCUCACCGAUGCCUUCACAAACGUCAGCCUAACUAGUAAAUACUACAAUGUGGCAAAUUUUGUGGAACUGCGCGUCUACUAUGCUGGACGUUGGAUUGCCCUGGGUGAAGUGACCUUUCAUAACGUUCGCGUGCGGAUUCCUCCAGGAGUGGUGCUUGACAAAGAGCCCGAGGAGGCAUCAAUGACACCGGUACCAUCGCCUAGUGUGAAUUCCAGUCUUGGUAUCACCGGUUCUCAAUAUACCUUAGCUACAAUGCAACCGCACACCUAUGCACUGGUUGUUGGACUGGGUUGUCUAGCCACUGUUUUAAUUAUUCUCGUGCUUGCGCUCUUCCUCCAUUGGCGUCGACGCGCCUUCAUGUCGAAGCCGAAGAUGGAUGAGCUGAACCACUCCUUCCAACACCCCUUCACAAUGCCCCUUAUUAAGACAGCACCUCAACCAACCAACUCUGUCAAUACAGAUACAGAUCAGAAAUGGGAAUUCUACAACAACAAUAACAGCAACUCAAACGCUCUUCAAGUUCCCAUGUACUUGAAUGGUGACAAUGCCGCCUACCCUCCUUCCAGUACCACGGUUAUACCUCAAUUUAUCCUCCAACGACCCUCUAUUGGUGUUCCCACUUCUCUCAUGCUUCCAAACUACGUAAGAACACAAGUGCAGUCAAAUCAGGCAACCGAAUUGACAUCACACGAACAGUCGUCAAAGAGUGGUGGAGAUAAAGAGAGUCAAGCACCUGCAUUCCCUUUCUUUCAAUCUGCUGGCAGCCGCGUGACACCAGAGUCCAGUGCCCUGUAUACCACUGUGUCGGAAAGUGACCCCUAUGUAAACGGAACGCCCCGUCCCAACCAAAUGUUACGCAUUCCGCCCCCGCCAUCGCUUCCGCUUCCACCGACCCCAACUCAACCGCACUCCGUGGCAGAACAGACACCUCCUCCAUGGAUGGGCGCGGGAUUCAGCAGGGAACCGGACUACAUACAACACCGGGAACUGAAUGCCAAUGGUGGUAGUGAUUUGAACACCUUCUACCGAUACUCUAUUCCCUUGAAUGGGGCCUUUCCCACAGCACCAGUGUAUUCGGCUCCUAUUUGGGUGGCUGGAAGUAUGGAUCCGGUUACAAUCGGUCGUUUCUACAGUCAGCAUCAGUCAGCCCCUCAAGACCAGCCAGCAUUAUCGCAGGAAACACCUGAACUAAAUGGCGAGUCCAUUUUGCUUUGA